GCUUCUGACUGAUGGAAUUGUUAGUUCAUGUCAGGAUAGCAUUUGGUCUGUCUUCAUAAUGUUUUUACCCUACGUAGGCUACAUGAAAAAAGGCUGCCCGACAACUUUAUUUUGUUUCUCUGUGCUGCAUUCAACGCAGUCAACGUAUUUUGACGCUUUCAAAACGCCGACUGGACGCCAGUGACAUGUUGAUCAGCAACAAAUAUGGCAUCAUGGAUUAUAAAAAUUGCCUUGAUGGCAAUGAGUAUCUUAAUCGAAACUACCGAAGGGAAAAAAGACAAGGUGCUGUAUUGUUCAGCAUGCAGGGCUAUUGUUGAUGAGCUCAAUUAUUCAAUCAGUCAGAUUGAUCCGAAGAAGACCAUCAAUGUGGGAGCCUUCAGACUCAAGCCUGAUGGGAGCCUGACUGAUAAAAAGGUCCCUCUUGCUAGAUCUGAGACCAACUUGAGUGAGCUUCUGGAUGGAGUUUGUGGUAGCAUGAGUGACUAUGCUCUUCAUGUGGACCCAGACACCAAGAAAAAGCAAUACAAAAGAUUUGCUCCAAGAAGUUCUGAUGCCGGGGAUUUUCCUGAUUUUAACAAUUUCAAGUUUGAUGGCCCAGAGGGAUCCAAUGCCCUACAAUUUGCGUGUGAAAGCAUUGUGGAGGAAUUUGAAGAUGAUAUCAUCUCUCUUUUUGCCAAAGAGACAGACCAUGUGGUCGACAAGUUAUGCAAUGAAGUAUCAGAUCACUGUAAAGGCACAAAAUUCCAGAGUGACGAACUAUAGUUUUACAUGCGUCUCUGCUGCGGGUGAUUGGACCAGUUUAGAUAUAUAUUUCAAAUGAAGAAAUAAUGCUUGAAGGAUAUUGUAUCAAUCAAGUUGCAUUCUUUUAAAUAAAGUUUUCUAUUUUAAAUGGG